CAGGUUUGUAGUGGGUGUCUCCCUUUCAGAGUAAACUUGCAGGCUCGUCGGGUGGACUGCCCGGGUUCUUGUUGCUUGUGUGGAGAGGAUUCAGAAUCUCUAGAUCAUCUUUUUCGACAAUGCGCAUUUACCCAUGAAGCUUGGAGAUAUCUGUCCUGGCAGUGGACUGGAUGGGAGGAUCGUUCUUUCAUGGAGCAGAUCAACCUGGAAUUUCGGACUAAGAGAAAGGAAGUGCUGGAGAUAUUGAUUUGGGGUGCUGGGCUCGUGUGUGGUAGGGAAAAUCCGUGGCAGCUAAGCAGCCUGUACUUCGUGCUCAAGCCAUGGUGGAAGGCUGGAAUUGUGCCCAAGUAGCUCGCAGAAGUGCGCCAAAACAGAGUGCAAAGAAGUGCACGACGUGGUGUAAACCAUCUCCAGGAAUCUUGAAGCUCAACAUUGAUGCUGCAGUUCGUUCAAAUGGUUGCGGAGUUGGCUUCCUACUCGUACCAAGCUUUCUCUGACUGAUGGGGAUCUGUUAGCAGAUCCGACUGAGUAUAGGAGUAUGGUAGGAGCACUACAGUAUUUAACCAUGACUCGACCUGAUAUUACUUAUGUUGUUCACCUGGUUUCCAAAUUUAUGCAUGCUCCCCCUACUACACAUAUUUUGGCUGUUAAGCGAAUUUUCAGGUAUUUACAAGGGACGACUGAUUUUAGCUUACUUCUUCAGCCGAGUUCUGCGGCACCUACUAUCCUGGCUUAUUCAGACGCUGAUUGGGGAGGAUGUCCAGACAGCAGCAGGUCCACGUCUGGUUUUGCUAUCUUUUUCGGUCCAAAUUUGGUGUCCUGGAAGUCCAAGAAACAGCCUACCGUUUCCCGAUCUUCUACAGAGGCAGAAUAUCGUGUUAUUGCUUAUGCGGUUCAAGAUACUCUUCACAUUCUCUCUAUUUUGUUCGAGUUGGGCAUCUCGGUUGCUCAUCCUGUUCAGCUUUUAUGUGAUAAUGUGUCUGCUUCUUAUCUCUCUUCAAAUCCUAUUUAGCAUGCUCGUAGCAAACACAUUAAUAUAGAUUAUCAUUUUGUUCGGGAAAGGGUGGCUCAUGGUGAUUUACAAGUCAAGUUUGUUCCUACUGAGCUCCAAUUGACUGACAUCUUCACAAAAUGUUUAUCUCCACAGCGCUUUACUUUUUUACGUGACAAUCAGCGCAUUGCCCCCCCUGCACGGCUUGAGGCAGUGUAAUAAUGUAUUUAUUAAUGAUUAAUUAGGUUGUCUAAUUAUAGUAGGAAUCUUAAUGUAUCUAUGACUCUUUUUUAUAAAUAAUACUUCUGGGGCUGCCAUUAAGGUACACUUCCUCAUUAUUCUC